AAGCAGUUUUGUGCUGUUUACAAAGAUUUGGAAAGUAUGCUUUCUGCUUACAUCACAGGCUGGUCAAUAGUUUCAUUCCUCCCUCCCUUUUCUACUGCUUCUGCUUUUUAUUUGAGGCAGGGAUCUGGGACCUGGGUUAGGUCCCUUCUGCACUGCUCACUUGUCCUUUCUCAGCAGAAAAGCAACAGGCAGCUCUCAGUGUGGACACUGACAUAGAGAAGGAAAGAGAGGAAGUGGGCGGGGAAUGCAGGAUCCUUCUGUGUGAGACUGGGAACGGGAAGUGCUUAAAGAGGGCAUCAUGCCCAGUUUGGGUUCUUCCUUUGCUGCUGUUGGAUAAAGGGGAACAUUUAAAGCCAGAAAGCUUCAAACAUAAUUGCCACAUCUCUAUCUUAUCCCCAUUUACUGCUGGUAAAGGCUCAUGAAGUGUCUCUGCUUGGAACAUCUGCAGUUACAAAGGCACAGCUUUGUUGGAGAACCAUGUGCUUCUCUUAGGAAAACAGUGUAGCUGGAGGCAUGGGACUUGUUUUAAAUAGUAUUAAAGAGGAAGGUUAAUUAUAGCUUAAACUUGGAAGGGGAGAGAAAGCACCUAAAAAGUGCAUCUUUGUUCAAUGCUAAACAUGCAGUUACUCUGGAGGAAAAGCAUUUGAAGAGUGUUCUCAUCUUAAAAGACAGCAGCUUUCUCCUUCUUUAGAGUCUUUGAUUUCAAAAGAAGUUUUGAGCCAUGCUGCACCUCAAUUUGAAAGGUAAUGCUCUGGGAGGCAGGUGGCUGGUACCUUGUCUGUGUGCGUGGAGCAGCUUGUGGAGAGCAUUUUUGCACAUCCUCAAACCUCCCUGAGUCUGGGUAAUGCGAUAAACUCUGACAGUCGCCCUGACAUUUCUUGACAUUUUAAGCAGCUUGUGGAAAUGGACUGCUUGGUUUGUGAACUGGGCCAUAGUCACACCAGUGACUUCUUUUUCUGAGAGAAACCAGAAGCCUGGCCCAGUGUAGAUCCAUCUGUGAUGAGAGGUGGCUGAGCCUGGAUGUUAGGAAAAAGUGGCUUCUUCUAAAAAAUAGCUGGUACAUACCUCAAUUCACCACAAAUGCAUGGCGAUGAAGCUGUAACAGAUAGAAGAGAGUGCCCAUUUCACACUGAAUCAUGUACAUGCUCUUCUUCUCCAAAACUCUUCUCAAAUUAACUAAAUUUUUUUACUGUAUUGGAGAGGUGCACUUUUGAAGACAAAAAUAAACAUACUUGACCCUCUCUUUGUAAUGACUGGCAGGAUUUAUUUCCCUUCUUUAUUUCCAGAGUUAAUAUUUUGAAAACUGAAGUCUUCCCUGUUGAAGAGCAAGAAUCAUUUCAGCUGCUAGAGGGAAGAGGUGGCUUUGGGGAAGUUGAUGACAUCCUUUCACUAAAAGACUAUUUCCCUUCUCCUCUUUGCCCCACAGCUUUGCCUCUAUUUUUCAAUGUUAUGCUCAUCAGCUACCCUCUGUAGUAGUCAGAAAAUACAAGGGUAUCUCAAUCUUCCAAUUUCUUUUUCUCUUAACCUAAUGUGCAAUGCUCAUGUCAGUGCAGUGGGACUGAAGGUUGCUAUGAGGUGCAUUUGGGCUCUCUGUGCGCUUUGCCACCCUUGAUCACACAGAUGCUUCUGUGGGCCCUCUGACAAGUGGUAGGAAUCAGUCCAUCUGUCUGCUCUCAGGCAGGUACUUCUUGGUGCAAGAGGUCAGCAAAAGGUAACAAUUUCUGAACACAGAAAAGAAAUGGUAACUGCAAUAGGCAUGUUAGUGUUUGAAUUUAAAGGACUUGCCUUUCAGAGCUGGUAGGAUGACUCCCUGCCCCUUUAUGCAAACAGCAUGCUUGGCUAUUUCACCAACCAUGUAUUACUUCAGUCAGGUUAAAAUGAAUGCCAUCAAACCUCCUCCCUCAAAAUUGCCUUUGAUGUUUACAGAGAGAUACUUUGCUUCAGACUGUGUCUUCUGCUUCAGAGAGAAUAUCAUUCCUGUUAUUCAUUUCCUGUUGACAACAUAUGACUGUAGUGUCCUAGGAAAUAAAGGAUGCUGAGUGUUUCUAUAGUACUCUCCUUGACUAAGCAAUUUGACUCCAACACUUAAUAUAAUACAUGCAUCACUCUAUAUAUUGAUAAUGUUUCACAGACUUACAUAAGUUGGUUGAGCUGAGAUGUUCUGUUUCUCAGCGCAGUGAACAACCCCCAGUGCCUACCAGACAAAAAGUAUCGGAAGUAGAGACACAGGGAGAUGAAUGCAGUUUGCCUGGGAACUAUUUCUGCACUUAAUAGUGGAGGAAGUGAUUGUGAAACUAUGACUUGCGCAAAAUGGUUGCAUCAGCCUUUCCAGCAAUGGGAGUUGACUGACAAAAAGAAGAGACUGACACUAAAUUUUAUCUUUCAAAGAAGAGAGUUCAACUACAAUCUCUUCUCAUUUUUUGUGUCCCCAGUCAGCAGCAAUGGUAGAAUUGGUUGAAAGUGAGUUUGAAGGGUAUGAAGUGACCAUUCAGAUGCCUUGACCAGCCCACAAAGAGACUGAAACACAGCAUGCAGUACACAGGCAAAAUGUCCAUCCAAGCAGACCACAAAUCAAGAACUACACACACCUGGCAAGUGUUGGCCAUCUACAUGGCCUUAGCUGCAAGCCUCUCCGAGCAACAAGCACUGAAGCAGACUUGUCCUUCAUGCGAUGCCACUCAGCUUUGCAACUGCUCCUCCAUGGGCUUGGAAUUCAUUCCCCCUGGGCUCACAGCCAAAAUCACAGGGUUAAACCUGGCUCACAACAGGAUAAAGCACAUCCAAUCCCAGGACCUGAAGCAGGCUGUGAACCUGAGAACCCUGCUGCUGCAGUCCAACAAAAUCAGCUCCAUAGAUGAGGACUCCUUUCAGUCCCUGGAAAAACUGGAGCUCUUGGACUUAUCAAAUAACAGCUUGGCUCACUUGUCCCCUGUGUGGUUUGGGCACCUUUUUUCACUCCAGCACCUCCAUCUUCAAGGCAAUUCCUACAGAGACCUGGGGCAGAGCCCCCCCUUUUCUAGGCUGAGGAACCUGAGCUCCCUCCACCUGGGCAACCCGCAGUUCUCCGUGAUAAGGCAAGGGAACUUUGAGGGCAUUGAGUUUCUGCACAAGCUGUGGAUUGAUGGUAGCAAUCUCAGUCAGUAUGAGCAGGGAAGUUUGAAAUCAAUUAAGCAGAUUAAUCACAUGAUCAUAAAUAUAAGAAGUAUUACUACAUUCUCAGAAAUUGUUAGGGACCUUGUGUACUCUGUCACUUGGCUGGAAGUGGCAGAAAUAGAAUUACCGGUUGAAAAAAAAAGCUUGGUGCAGAAUUCUAGACGUCCUUUUAGGCUGCAGAAACUCACAUUUAAAGAAGCUUUAUUCACAGAUCAGACUAUCAGCCGAACAAUAGUGUCACUGAAGAAAAUCACCUCUUUAAAAGAGUUACAGGCAAUCAAUUGUGUGCUUGAGGGGAAGGGAAACUGGAACACUGCAGAAAUUGCAAGGAGUGGACAAAGUUUUGUUGAAACCAUAACGAUAAUAAAGGCAGUGAUUCAGAAUUUUCAUUUGUUUUUUGACCUGAAAGGCAUGGAGUCACAAAUAAACAAACUAAAAAGACUCACUAUCACAAGCUCUUAUGUUUUCAUGGUACCAUGCGAACUUGCAAGAAAUUUUUCAUCACUUCUGUAUCUGGACUUUCAUGAAAAUUUGCUUGCAAAUAAUCGUUUAAAUGAGACAAUCUGUGAAGGUUCCUGGCCUUCAUUGCAAACUUUAAAUUUAAGUCAGAACUCUUUAAAAUCUCUGGAGCUGACUGCAGUGUAUAUAUCUCGACUACCCAAAUUGAUUAAUCUUGACAUUAGCCAAAAUACUUUUCUUGAGAUUCCAGGGGAGUGUACAUGGCCAGAACACCUGAAAUAUUUAAACCUGUCCAGCACUCACAUUCCUAAAGUAACACGCUGCAUUCCUCAAUCACUAGAAGUGUUGGAUGUCAGUGGCAACAACCUGAAGGAGUUUGGACUGCAGCUCCUAUCUCUGAAGGAGCUGUACCUCACAAGAAACCAGCUGAAAACGCUGCCAGGUGCUGCACCCAUUCCAAACUUGGUGUCCUUGUCCAUCAGAAGAAACAAGCUGAACAGUUUCUCCAAGGAGGAGUUUGAGUCCUUCAGGAGAAUGGAGCUGCUGGAUGCCCGUGACAACAACUUCAUCUGCUCCUGUGAGUUCCUCUCCUUCGUCCACCACAAGGCCGGGCUAGCGCAGGUGCUGGUGGGGUGGCCGGACAGGUACGUGUGUGACUCUCCGCUGGCGGUGAGAGGGGCGCAGGUUGGCGCCGUGCGCCUCUCCCUGAUGGAGUGCCACAGGUCCCUGGUGGUGUCGUUGAUCUGCGUCCUGGUGUUCCUGGUUGUCCUGCUGCUGGUGGCCGUCAGCUACAAGUACCACGUGGUGUGGUACCUGCGGAUGACGUGGGCGUGGCUGCAGGCCAAGCGGAAGCCCAAGCGCGCCCCGCCGAAGGACGUCUGCUACGACGCCUUUGUCUCCUACAGCGAGAACGACUCCGAGUGGGUGGAGAACACCAUGGUGCGGGAGCUGGAGCAGGCCUGCCCUCCCUUCCGCCUCUGCCUGCACAAGCGGGACUUUGUGCCGGGGAAGUGGAUCGUGGACAACAUCAUUGACUCCAUUGAGAAGAGCCGCAAAACGCUCUUUGUGCUGUCCGAGCACUUUGUGCGGAGCGAGUGGUGCAAGUACGAGCUGGACUUCUCGCAUUUCCGCCUCUUUGAUGAGAACAACGACGCGGCGAUUCUCAUCCUCCUGGAGCCCAUCCAGAGCAAAGCCAUUCCCAAGAGGUUCUGCAAGCUGCGGAAGAUCAUGAACACAAAGACCUACCUGGAGUGGCCUCUCGACGAAGAGCAGCAGCAGGUGUUUUGGUAUAAUUUGAAAAUAUCUCUGAGGUCCUAG